CAUUCAUUCACCACAUGAAGUUUAUCAAUGCACUCACCUCCAUGACACCUGGAAAAACGCCAGGCAGCACCACCUGCUGCUUCAGUUCACCCUCUUCACUUCACUUCACCCUAUCUCAUCUGUCUAUCUUUCUCUUUGGCCAUUGGCCUUUCUUCUUCCUCCUCAACCACCUCCCUCUUCUUGACUCCUCUUGCCCCCCAACCUAUGCAACCUAACCACACCACACCCAAGCCUACCUAGCUUAGCUUAGCUAGCAGCUGUGUGGGUGAGGAUCCAGAUCAGCUUUGCUGGUGAAAAAGAGAUCAAUAUAUAGAUAAGUUGAGGAAGGACGGAGUGGUUAGCUGCUGACUGCAUACAGUUGUUCAUUCAGAUUCAGAUUCAGGCAUUCAGUCACUGUGCACUCCAGAUGGUCCAUCUCUUGCAAUGCAGCCAUGCUCACUUGCCCCUGCCUAUCUUCUUCUCCAUUCUCCUCCUCUUCUUCUCCAUGGAGGUGGCACCUUCAGAUGCAAGGAGGUUGCCACUCAAGCUACUAGAAGUUGGAAACAUCAAGGAGGAGCCUGAUGGAAGUACCAGGGGAGAGAAGAUGAAGAUGGAAGGCAGGAACCUGAUUGGAUCAAGGCCACCAAGAUGUGAGAGGGUGUGCAUGUCCUGUGGCCACUGUGAGGCAGUGCAGGUGCCCAUUGUGCCACAGCAACUGAAGAGAUCAGAAACCAAAGCAGGAGAAGCUGCUGCUGUUGUGGUGAGUGCUACUGCCAUCAAUGCUGCAGUGUUCACCUACAGAGUGAAUGGCCUCUCAAACUACAAGCCAUUGAGCUGGAAAUGCAAGUGUGGAGGCAUCAUCCUUGAUCCAUGAACCAUGGUUAGGGCAUACUAAUGUCCCCAGCUCAUGGAAGAUCACAUCAACAUUGUGCAAAAUGUAAACAACUUUCCUUCUCUGCCUGUUCAUCUGAAUUUCUUCUCUUUCUUGUUCCACCGGCUAUUCCUCCUUUUGAUUUCAUCCAGAGAAGAAAUUGGAAGGAGGAGUGGGGAGAUGAAGCUGCACAUUCCUUGUAUAUUUAGCAGCAGGCAGCAAUUUUGUGAAACUGAGAAUGCUUGAUUUAGGCAUUGAAUGCAUUUUGAUUUGGCCCUGACUUGGAGGCAGAGGA